AAAAAGAUGUGGGUGUUAGUGGCUUUAAUAACUGCGGCGGGAGCUACCAGUCCAAUAAGGGACAAAAGAUGUCCAGUGUAUUCACCGCCAUACAAACCUGUUAAUUGCGGGCCCAACGCCUAUUGGGAGAGGUGUUCCCCACAGUGUCCACCGCAUGAGAACUGCUCUCUGCUUUGGUCUAAGUUUAAAUGCGUUCCUGACAAAGACUACUGCUGCAAGCCCGCAUGUCGAUGCAAAGACGGAUUUUACAGAGAUAAAAAUUUCAAAUGCGUUUCUUCAGAGGAAUGUACUGGUCGAGUAGUACCGAUAGACCCAGAACUUCCAAUCAAUCCUAAACCAGGUUAG